GAGAGCAGAGCAGCACAUUUGAAAAGUCGCUUCAGAGCAGGCGCGCGCGUUUCUGAGCAGUCACAACUUCUCGAGGAAGAACUGCAAGACAGCAAAGUGUUUUACCAGUCCUUGAUAAAUAACAGCUAGUCUAGGUGACAGUUAAUUGUUUUUAAAUCCAUAGGUGGAUAUUAAAAGCAACGUUACGCCUGUUUGAUGAGAAGUCUGCAAGACUAAAAUGUCAGUAAACAGCGGGAGCGGAUAAAAUGCGGACAGAAUCAUGGAAUUUCUGGAAGUGAUAACGCUUGCCUAUUUUAAAACAAUCUGAUUGGAGCUGGAUGAUUCCCAAUAUUGGAUUUGGACAACAAUCCUUGGAUUUAAUCCCAGUGACUGAUUUAAAUCUUAUGAGCUAAUGGAGUAUUUUCCCAAAUCAUUGCUAGUUCGUUUAAAGCUCGUUUAACCCCAGAACGCCAGUUUAUCGGGCGCGCUCCGUUUGAGAGGAACCGGCAUAAUUAAAGCGCAUCUUGCCGGUAUGGUGCGCUUGCUGAACUGCCUAGUCUUGGGGUACUUGACAUGGAAUCUGCGGAUAUCUGAUGCCCGGGGAGAGUACUGUCACGGCUGGCUAGACAGCAUUGGGAAUUACCAUGAGGGUUUUCAGUGUCCGGAGGACUUUGAUACGGCGGACGCAACGGUGUGCUGCGGGAGCUGCUCGCUGCGCUACUGCUGCGCGGCCCCGGAUGCGCGUCUCGAUCAGGGAACCUGCACGAACGACAGAGAAGUGGAGAACGACACGCAAUAUGCUGCACAGCCCAUCUACGUGCCCUUUCUGAUGGUGGGCUCCAUCUUCGUGGCGUUUGUAGUGGUGGGCUCUCUGGUGGCCGUGUACUGCUGCACCUGCCUGCGACCCAAGCAACCCACCCAGCAGCCGAUCCGCUUCUCACUGCGCAGUCAGGGCGAAACCAUCCCCAUGAUCUUCACCACGGCUCCUCCCAGCCUGCGCACGCCGUCCCGACAGUCCAGCACGGCCACCACCAGCUCCAGCUCAGCGGGAGGAGGGAGCUCGGUCCGUCGCUUCUCCCUGGGCCGGGCCGACACGCUGGGGCAGUGUUCGCAACAGCAGCUCCUGAUGGUCUCGUCCUCCGCAGCGUCCACUCCUGUGUCCGUGACCCCGACGCAGCCCUUAUUGCCUCCACCACCUUACACCUCCCAGCAGGCCAGUAACUCACACGGUCACAGCCAGUUACAGAUGCACCACCAGACCCUGCAAAGCUCCGGGUUCCUCCUGCCACAACAAUACUUCUUUCCUCUCCCGCAGGAACCGUUCUCUGGGAACAAGGGGUUUGCUGACUUCAGCCAGAGCUGACCGCAAGAAAAGGAGACGGACACCAAAGAGCCGGUCAUUCACAAUGCCCUGUUGUAGACUCGUAUUACAGGGGCUCCCGCACAAGGAAACAGGCACUAAUAGCUUGACUGGCACUUGCGAGACCGCAGCUGGAAUUCGAGAGCCGUGUGGAGCGCUUAAGCUGCUGAGAUAGUGGACGAUCAGUCUGACAGACACUCAAGUGCUGGACACAACACACCAGAACAUGGACGCCUACUUCAAAGCACCUAUAUCUACAAUUGAUCAUAUCUUGUAUGCACUUCCAAUCCGCUUCUAUGAUAAAAGACGUCUUAUUUUUGAAAACUCCAGCUGGUUGACAGACACACAGCCUUUCUAUUUGAGGUCAUUUUAUAUAAUUACACACUUAGGAAGAAUGCCAGAUAAGACAAUGACAAUCUCAGUCCCAUUUUAGGGGUCGUGCACACAAAUAGUGCCAUGUAUGAAUGAGGGUUUUAUAGAAAUGGUAUUAGAUUAAAGGUUUAAUUGCCAGACUGAGACAAAGAUAGUUCAUAAUGUUUAAAACAGGCAUUCAUCAUGUGUUACUCUCACUAUUAAUACUCAGACUAUCAGUCACACUAGAAACGCGUGUUAACAUCAGAUGAAUGCACAGCUACCUUUGGGGAAACUUCUGUUUUUAAUGUUUGGAGAGCAUUCGUUCUUUGUAUAAUUUGUAGAAAGCUGAAAGCCACUAUUGGCUCAGGUUUAAACGGUUUGUAUUUUGUUAUUUUUGAUACCAGAUGUUUUUUUUUUGUAAAUGAUCAGGUGUAUCUAAAUGUACAGUCCAGCUGGAAAACGCAUCAUGUGACGAGACGGCCUUCAACUAAGUAUUACGGUCUCUAACCAACAGUGUUUUUGAGCUAAAUUAAACCGUUUUAUCUUU